AUGCAUUUCAAGUCAAAGCACCAGAAGCUCAUCCUCCAGUGCUAUCCACCGGGCAGAGGCAUUGACAAGCGCCCUAACUCUUCUGAGCUAUCUUACCUCCUUUACUAUGCGUCUACUCGUCGCUCCAAACUCACUAAGGUCGGCGUCUUCCUCGAGGCAAAAGCCCUGAACGAUGUCUACAAGGGCCGUUCUGGCGACGUCCAAGUAACUCUUGAUAUUCUCAAAGCUUUAAUUGAAAAAACUCAUGAAGACCUUAAUCUCUUUGCGCGAAAUGUCGUCGCUGUUCUCAACAGAAUCUUGACAUCCAACGACCUGGCUCUGUGUCAACAUGCGUCUCCAGUCUUCCAGUCAUUUUGCCAGUAUCAUGAUGGUGCUCUUUUUGGUGGCGACCCAGAUUAUGUUCACCAGUUCCACAUUCUUGUGGAUGCUUAUGUGGCUCUUGCUGGCUCUGCUUCCUUGACUGGUCCUAAUGCUCUCCAAUGGCGACUCGUCGGCCUUGACGCCAUCAAGAGCCUUUCAGCCUCAGCUGCAAUCUCAACACCAACUGGCCUUGUCCACAUUCAAAAAACAGUUCCUGUGGUUUUGGCUACUCUUGCAAUCGACUCGGAUGGCUCAGCUCUUGUUCGAAUUGAUUCACAUAUUUACCCUCUUACUCGCAGAGAAUCACGUCGAUUUUCAAUCGCCCCGGAACCACCGGCACUUACCGGCGAACCCCUACUUCUUUCAACUGCUAUGGAGGCUCUCAAAAACUUUUUUGAAACAACAUCUUAUCUUGUUCUCAAGGGCUCUACUGAUGCUGUGCUCGCGUACCUUAAAGAUAAUAACCGACCUCAACAAUGGGCUUUCACUCUUGUCAUUACCUGUGCCAAGUGGGUCCCCGUGCAAAUUCGUUUUGCAGUCCUUGGCGUCCUUGUCGACAAGCUUGUGGCUAUUCCAUCUCAAGAUACCAAGACUCAAUACCUUUACGCGUAUCUUGUACAUGCUCUUCUUUCUUCUGCUGUCAAUAUGAUAGGCCUCUCUGUCAUUGACAUUGAACGCACUCUGCUCCACUAUCAAGCAACACUUAUAAAAACAACUCCUAAAGAUCUUUAUACUUCCGGUUCCCCUUCAGUAAGCGAUCUUGUGGUCAUUCUCCGCGAGUGUGUUGUAGCAUUAGCUUCACAUAUUUAUUACGCCACUCAAGUUCCAGAUAUGAUUUCUGAGCUUCUCAGCCGGUUCCAAAGUGCGUCAACUACUCCUCUCGGCUCCCAAUCACUGUAUAUUGCCACUCUUCUCAAAACAAUCACUUCGAUUCUUGCCGACUCUUCUUCUCGUGCAAACCGCGGCGAUGUUUACCUUACAAUUUCUUCUUGGGAUGGCACGCAAAAAUUGCUCAAUCACCCAGACCCAGAUGUGCGCCAUGCUUUUGCAAACACCCUCAUCAUUCUUUUAAAAAACGAUGGCAUUGAUCCAGACCAAAUUGCUCCGCUUAAUGUCAACUUCCGUGUAACGGCUGGGCCCGUUGGCAGAAUUAUUUCAGAGCUCCAUGCACUUGGCGCUCGUUCCGAACCUCUCCUUCCAACAGAUUACAUUUUAAUCUACCACAUUCUAAAUCUGGUUGCUACUCAGCUCAAGGUCAACGGCGCUGUGCGCGUGGCUGCUCUUGCAAACACAUUUCUUGCUGAAAGUAGAGACUUGAUUUCUUGUUAUCAUGACUCUCCCAAAACAUCUUUGAAUGCUCUGGAACGAGGGCUAAAUCUUUCAUCUGUGGCACUUGCUCUUUUUUCAACUAUUGGAACAACAUACGAUAUUAAGACUCUCGCAGAAUUUACCUCAGAGGAGAUUUCUCGUCGGAAGAGUACUGGCCUAUGGUAUCGUGCUAUUGCAGUGCCUAUGAAUUAUAGUUUUAGCUAUGAUGUUACAGCCAGUGGAAAAAUUCCCUUCCCUGCUGAACCUUCUUCUGAGGCUAUUCUUGAUACAUUACAAUAUCUUCCUGACGAUAAGCUUUUGGCCGAAUUUGCCGCUCGCUGGCCUGACAUUCCCGUAGAAUCACGGGCCUCCAUUGUCAUUCCUUUACAAGACGAGACACACACUGGUGCUAUUUCGGCUACUACACGCGCACACUCCCAACGUGCUUCGUCAGAAAAUCUUCUUGAUGCUUUGCCAACUCCCGUGCGUGCACGUUCCUUGAAGGAACUGGGUUACAAUACGCGCAUUCUGCCCACAUUUUUUACCGGAAUCAACACCGGAACACCUGUCGGCGUAUCUGGCGCAGUUGGGGUGGGUGGAACUGCAAUUAAUCAAGUCAAUGGUUCGAACAAUGAUACCACUAUAAGCUUGGAUGAUGUUCCGAUCGAUACCGCCAAGACAAACGAGUCUACAGGGUGGGCUAUUCCUACUACAACGACACCUACUGGUGACACGGGAACACCAACAGCAGCACAAGCAGCAGCUGCAUUGUUACUUCAAGUCCCUGCACCCUACAGGACAUUUACUGCGCAGUCCUUUGGCGAUUUGCGUCGUGAGAUGUCACCCAAGGUUACAGAUUUGAAAAAGGCAGCGUCUGGAUAUGGAGGCGGUGGCACAUCGAUUCGGUCAGCAGCACACCGGCGGUCAGAGUAUGCUGGGAGCGUGCGGUCACAAAUGUCGCGGACUAGCGACCGAUACCCAAUCGACGAAAAGCGAGAAGCACCACCCGCACAACCUUUUGACGUGUCAAUGUUUCUCAAUAAUAUUGGGUUUGAUCCCACUCAUGAGCGCGGAAAGCUUGUGUGA